UCCGUCCUCGACAGAUCGAUCGAUCGAUCGAUCGAUAUCACGGCGAAAACGGAAAUCCCUUGUUCUUGAUUCGCAAAUUGAAGGAAGGAUUCAACCUCUCUUUGGAAUUCGUUCUUGAAUUGAUUGAUUGGUCGCUGCCAUUGGAUCGAGGACGGAGGAAGGACGGCAUGGACGAGCGAAAGCGACAGGAGAAGAAGAAGCAGAAGAAGAGAUUGCGAAUGGGGCGUGGCUCGGUGGUAGGCUCGGAGCGCUGCGUCUCCUGCACCACCUUCAACAUUCUGGCGCCAAUCUACAAGCGACUCAGCAAGGAGGACCAGAGUUGCAGGGAGAGCCAGUACAGGGCGUAUUGGUCGAGCCGGAAUGAGAAGAUCAUCGACCGGCUCUUGGGCGAUCGUUCCUCUAUAAUCUGCCUCCAGGAGGUUUGGUUGGGGAACGAUGAGCUCGUUCAAAUGUACGAGAAGAGAUUGGGAGAUGCUGGCUAUGUGAGUUUCAAGCUUGCCCGGACGAACAAUCGCGGCGAUGGUCUCCUUACUGCUGUGCACCAGGGCUAUCUUAGGAUUAUAAACCAUCGAGAAUUGCUUUUUAACGACUUUGGCGAUCGUGUUGCUCAGCUCUUACAUGUGGAAUCAGAUGGUGCUUUGUGGCAAGGGCAAAAAUGCAGUGACCAGCAACAAAUUCUGAUUGUGAAUACUCAUUUGCUAUUUCCUCAUGAUUUUAGCUUGUGUAUAGUUCGUUUGCAACAGGUGUACAAGAUUCUUCGGUACAUUGAAACAUAUCGGAAAGACCAUAAUCUCGAUUUGAUGCCUAUUAUCCUCUGUGGAGAUUGGAACGGAAGCAAGCGGGGGCAUGUCUAUAAGUUUCUUAGGUCUCAAGGGUUUGUGUCAUCAUAUGAUACAGCUCACCGAUACAGCGAUGUGGAUGUUCACAAGUGGGUUAGCCAUCGCAAUCACCGUGGGAACAUUUGUGGAGUUGACUUCAUAUGGCUUCUAAAUCCCAACAAGUUGAGAAAACCAUUGAGAACUAGCUGGAAUGAAGCUGUUUUUGGUCUUAUUAAGUCUCUUCUGCGAGCAUCUUCUCUUACUGAGGAUAAUGCAUUUGCAUUCCUCAAAGUGGACAGUCCUGGCUAUUUCAUCACCUACUCAGGUUUUUGUCAGGCACUCCAUCAGCUUGGUUUGUGUGGCCAUCCUCAUGGUCUUAGUUCUGAAGAUACAAAGGAUUUAUGGACUCAAGCUGACACCGAUCGAAAUGGUGUUGUAGAUUUUGAGGAGUUUCAGCAGCAAAUCUGGAAUCCUAAAUGUUUUGAACAAGCUAAAGAUGAAACAACAUCGGAAACUAAAGAAUCACGGAUGAUACAACAAGCCUUUGGAUUUAAUGUGAAGAAUGCGGUCCUCUUCCCACCAGAAGUUGAACAAGGGAUGUGGCCCGAAAACUAUUCUCUUUCCGACCAUGCACCUUUGACUGUUGUAUUCUCGCCUGUAAAGAUUCCUUGUGGUCAACCAAUUUGCUAACCCAUGAUGCAUGAAGUAGAGUUAGAGUAGGAAUGUUUGGUUGUAUAUACAAGUGUGAUUUAAGUGUAUAGAUGGACCGACUUUUAUUCUCUAAUGUAAACAAGCUAACCAUUUUUGUGGGCUUGCUCAAGCGGUCAACUUGUUUACUUUGUGUAUCAUUCUCAAACUGUCAACUUAACAUUCGCUAUUGUUUCUUGA